CCACCCAUCCCCUGGUCUUCUCCCUCGGUCCCUCCUGUAUACCUACCGUCGGCCUGGCCGGCGGCAGGGCCAAAGGUAGCGAUAGCGACAAGACCAUGGAGCUGGCGGUGGGCGCAUCGGCGGCUACCCUGAAGUCGCUCCUGAGCAAGCUCGGGAGCCUCCUCGCUGAGCAGUACACGCUCAUCCGUGGCGUCCGCGGGGACAUCCAGUUCAUCACCGACGAGCUUGCCAGCAUGCAGGCCUUCCUCAGCAACCUGAGCAAGUGCAAGAAGAGCCACGACGACCAGACGGAGGACUGGAUAAAGCAGAUCCGCGACGUCACCUACGACAUAGAAGACUGCAUCGACGGCUUCGCCCAUAGGCUCCGUCCAGAUCCCCGGGGCAGCGGCUGGCUCACCACCGUUCGCAGAACCCUCUACGAGAUCCGGACGUGGUACACCCGCCGAAAUGUCGCCGCCCAGAUCACAGAUCUGAAGAACCGGGCGGAGCAAAUCGGCAAUCGACGCCGUAGGUACGGUGUCCGCGACCCAGAGCCCGGAAAGGGAAACGGCUUGGCAGCUGGCCUGACGAAACAGGACGCUGCUGACCAUCAGGAAAUCACAUGUGAGCUCGUCCGCAUCAAGCAACCAGUGGGGCCUGACGUGGAGCAUCUUGGGAAGUGGAUCGCUGACAAUGACAUGAAGAAGCUCCGAGUGCUGUCCGUCGUCGGGUAUGGUGGUAUGGGGAAAACCACCAUCGCGACGGAGAUAUACCGGAGAUUUGGGCCUCAGUUCGACUGCCGAGCGAUGGUGACUGUGUCUCAGAACUCCGACCCUGAGAUAGUAUGGCGGAACAUACUGAGUCAGCUGAAGCAGCAGGCCGAAAACGGUGUGAAGGAAGGCAAAGAUAGCAGCACGGAUUCCACAAUGGAGAGGAAAAUUCCAGUUGUCGGAAGCAUAUUGAGCUGCCUUUGGCAUCCGUGUCGAAAUGAAGAGGACGAUGGCAGCACUUGGCAGGGAAGGCACGGACAAAAUCAUCAACAAAUACAAGCUGAGCUGAGGAGUUACCUCAAACAAAAGAGGUACUUGCUAUUAAUUGAUGAUGUCUGGUCAGAAUCUAGUUGGCUUUAUAUCAAGAAGUGUUUUCCUGAGAAUGAACAAGGCAGCAGAGUAAUUGUCACCACAAGGAUUCAAGCUGUGGCAGCAACUUGCUCUCCUCGUGAUAAUAAAGAGCUUCAUCUUCUUCAUCCAGUUAAAUUGCUUGAUGAUGAAGAAGCCAAAGACUUGUUCCAGAAAACCCUGGAGGAGUGCAAGGGCGCUGGAUAUAAUCAACUAAACCAUAGACAAGUCCCAGAUAGAGUUUGGAAAAUGUGUGGUGGCUUGCCAUUGGCCAUAGUUACCAUGGCUGGUCUUGUAGCAUCCGACAAGCAGCAGGGGGGCCACAAAGAUUGGAAUGAAGUUUGUGAAUCUCUGUUUCCAGAGAAAGAAGUAUGUCAUAAACCGGAGGAUUUUAUGAGGAUAAUAAAUCAUUCCUAUCAUGAUUUGGAUAGUGAUCUCAAGACUUGCUCUCUAUAUCUAAGCAUAUUUCCAAAGGGACGCAAAAUCAGUAUGAAGAGGCUCACAAGAAGAUGGAUAGCGGAGGGUUUUGUCAGCGAGAAGCAGGGGUUGAGUGUCGAGGUUGUUGCAGAGACAUGCUUUAAUCAGCUCAUUGAAAGGAAGUUAAUACGGCCUGUAGAGCACAACAGCAGUGGAAGGGUGAAGAGUUGCCAAGUCCAUGACAUGGUUCUUGAGUACCUAAUUUCAAAGGCAGCUGAAGAGGAUUUUGUUACUGUGGUAGGUAGCCACUGGUCCAUGCCAGCACAUAGCAACAAGGUCCGUAGGCUUUCCGUCCACAGCAGUGACUCUAAACGUGCACAGCAUGUGGAUAGCAUGAACCUGUCCCACGUCAGGUCACUAACUGUGUUUGAGAGCCUGGACAAACUGCAUUUCAAAUCACUCAAAACUGGAAUGGUACAAGUAUUAGAUCUUCAAGGCUGCAGAGGUUUUAGGGAGAGCCAUGUCAAGGUUUCAGACAUGAGUGAAAUGGUUCUUCUCAAGUAUCUGUGUCUCCGAAGAACGGAUGUAAAAAAUCUUCCCCGGAAUAUUCACAAGCUCGAGUACUUGGAGACUAUAGAUAUAAGGGAGACAGAGGUUCAACGGUUGCCUGCAACUGUAGGAAAACUUAAAAGAAUAAAGAACAUACUUGGUGGAGAUAAAAGAGCAAGGAAAACUCUUAAACUUCCUAGAGAAUUUAAGGGAACAACGAGAACCUUACGCAUAUUGUCAGGGGUUGAGAUCGCGGAGGGAUCAACAACAGCGGCAUCAGAUCUCAAUUACUUCACGGGGCUGAGGAAGUUGGCAAUUUACAAGAUCCACAAGAGUGAAGAUAUAUUCAAAGAUUUGCUGUCCUCUAUCCAGUAUCUUAGUGGAUAUUCUCUUCAAACUCUUAAAAUUGAUGACGAGUCAUCUGAAUUCCAUAAGACCUUGGACUCAAUGUCGUCCUACCCAACAGAUUUGAGUACUCUUGAGCUGUCUGGCAUGUUGCUUAAACUCCCAACGUGGAUCAAGGAGCUCAACAGACUUGUCAAGUUAACUCUUUCAGCAACAGCUCUCCGAACAGAUAACUUAAAGGUCCUUAGCAAUCUAGGUUCACUGUUUUCUCUCACCUUUUCAAUCAGUGAAAAGGAGGAUCCUGCUUUGGGAGCAAUUGUUCAAAAAAAUAAGUCUGAAUCAGGAGGAAAGAUCUUUUUUCCAGCUGGAGAAUUCAGCAAGCUCAAACUGUUUCGCAUAUUUGUUCCUCUUCUUCCAUUGCUCCACUUCUCAAGGAAGGCAGCACCACAGCUUGAAAGGAUUGAACUGCGUUUCAAGAGGUUCGAAGGUCUUAAUGGUAUUGACAAUCUUAUAAGUCUCAAUGAUGUGCUCUUGACAGUUGAUGGUAAAAGAAGUGAACCAACAAAGUCAAUACUACAUGAUUUGAAAAAAGCAUCAGUAUCAUCCAAGUACACACUCAUUGUCAAUGAGGCCCAUGAUUGAUUUGAGUGCAGUCAAGUAAGAUAUGGUUAGGUAUUCAUCAUGCCUUGGAUAAGUUAGGUAUUCUCACUAGUAUAAAGAUGUAUUACGAUCACUGAAAUAAUUUGUUGUAUGGCGCACUGUUGCAUGCAUUAACAACUCACGAGAUUGAUCUGUGCAUUUGUAUAUUUUGGUGUCCACAUAUUUGUAUUAUUGUACCCAAAAGUGUUAAUUUGUUACUAAUGUUUUAAGUA